CUCGUUGCGCGUGCUUUAAAGACUUGCUUAUACACUUGUAUCUUAAUAUACUAUUAAAGGUUCUGUUAGUACCUGCACUAGUUGGACAAAUGCGCUUGUGGGUGGUUUAAGUGACAGUUUGCCAUUAUACAUGGCAAUAUGUAACAGUUUAUAGUGAUCAUCACUUGAUGUUCCGUUAUCAAUUUUAAAAUCGCUUAAAAAUAAAAUGUAGUAUACAAUUGAGGGUUCGUAAAAAAAUGGGGUUGGAGUGAAUUAUGUAUCUUAGUAUCUCUGUCCACUCCGAAACUCAUUUGACAAACAUGAGGUCGCAAAAACUGCAGUGUAGCUUUUACUGAUCCUGGAGAAGAUUUUUUCCCGAUCUUAUUUCUACCACCUGCCAUUUGGUCAAUUGUUGGCGCGCUGUAUAUUCGAUUUAUAUUUUCUUUACAUUUGUACCCUACCAAGAGGUAUUAACAUUAAAUGGAAGCAUUGAUUAACGUAGUACAUAAACAUUAAUGACUCCCUCAUCUUAGUAUCUAGAAACAGCUGGAUUAUUUAUCCAAGAUUACAUUGUGUAGUUAGUGAUUGUAAUAAAGGUAGGCUUUAUCAGCAGAGUAUAUGUGACUGUUAAAUAUCGUUGUACAGCUAAUUUUAUUCGCACGCUGCCUCUAGGAAAAUGUGUACAUCUGAAUGUUUAUUUAAUGUGCAUCGACGAGUAAACACAAUUAACCGCUUCAGUUGCUUGCUUUACUGUUGACUCUUUGCCAUUUUAGUGUUAGUGUACAAUGGUGGCUCGAAUAUUUCUUGAAGGACAACGCUUAUCAAAUUCCUUUGUACAGUGGAAACGUCGCUGGGUGCUUUUUUCGUUAUUUAGCGUUUUUGUAGUAUUAUGCCUCCUUUUGGAAAACACACAGGAACCUGCUACUGCCAUAUACAUCGACCGUUUAAGUAGCGCACAGUCCCUUUUAGUGGAAUUGCAGAGGCGCAACCGGCAACUUCUGAAGAUAUUGAGAGAUUUUGAAAAGAUUGACAUUACUAUCGAUAAAGAAGGGACGCUACACGACCUAGAAGAACGUCUAGAGAUACUUUCCUCGUCAAAUGGAAGUAAAGUUCCCUUAAAGAGACCCUCCACAGAGUACCAACAUUUGCAAAGACAUAUAAAAAAUAAUAUUAACGAGUUUUGGUAUUUUGUAAAGGCACAACUCCAAAAAAUGAAAUCGGAAGCUGCGGAAUCACUAAAACCGACUUUGGAUGACAUCUUAGCGAUGGCACUAGAUCAUACGCAGGCUCUGUUAAGCGAUAUUGAUGAAGUGAUGCAGAAGGAUGGUUACAAGGACUGGAGACGAGCAGAAAGAGAUGAUUUAGCUGGAUUAGUGUGGCGACGAUUCAAUUAUUUACAAAAUCCCCAGAAUUGCAAAACAGCAAAAAAAUUAAUUUGCCAUGUUGAACAGGAUUGCAGUUAUGGUUGUCAAAUUCAUCGUCUGGUGUCGUGCUUUAUUGUGGGGUAUGGUACUCAAAGAACGGUUAUACUUAAAUUUGAGGGAUUUGAAGGGGUAUUUAAACCUCUCAGCGAGACAUGUACAAUGAAUUACGAUAGUGCUGACAUUUGGCCUGGAAAAGAAACUUCACAAGUAAUUUCAAUCCCAAAUGUGCAAUCAAUGAAUCCAAGAUCCCAAUAUGCUCCUCAGGCGGUACCAGAAGACUUGGCGCCAAGACUAACACGAUUGCAUGGAAAUCCAAUCGUAUGGUGGGUUGGACACGUUCUACAAUAUGUUUUACGCUACCAAAACAAUACGACAGAUUACAUCGAAGCCACGAUGCGAAGUCUAAAGCUAAAGAAUCCAAUCGUAGGUGUACACUUAGCAAAAACUGGUAGUGGGGAUUUAAGCUUGACACUGGACGAGCACAUGUGGGAAGUCGAGCGCUAUUACAAUCAGCUGGAGUUAAAACAGAUUGUAACAAAAAGGAGAAUUUAUGUCGCUGCUGAUGAUGUUCAAGUAAUUUCCGAUUUAACAAAAAGAUACCCUGAUUAUCAAGUAAUAUUUCACACCAAGAGAACGGAAACGUCGAGUGGUUUACUCAACUUCAUUAUAGAUUUGCACAUACUCUCGUUGACGGACUUUCUAGUUUGCUCAUUUUCCUCCGAAACCUGCAGAUUAGCUUACGAGUUGAUGCAAACCAAGCAACCAGACGCCUCGGCAAAAUGUCGAUCGCUAGACGACGUAUACUUCUACUCACAGCAACUGCACAAUAUGCGAAAAGCGAUACGGGUACACCAAAGCGAAAGUGAAGAGGAAAUUGAUCUUGAACUGAACGACUUAAUCGACCUUUGGCGUAACAAUUGGGAUGGUUAUUCUUUGGGGAGAAAUUUGCGUACGAACAGAUGGGGGUUGUUUCCAUCCCAUAAAGUUGAAAUAGAGAUUGAGACUGUAAAAUUUCCAACGUACUCUGAAAUUGAGUACACUAUUUAACAAUUUUUUUCGGUUUAUCGCCAAUUUCCUCUUUCUCAAAUUUGGCAUAAAGGAUACAAUAAUACCUACUUUACCUUAUUUCACAUUUUAGUAAUUGCUCGAAUCCUACCUUCAUAACUUAUUAGUUAUUAAACUAUCUGUAAUCACAGUACCUAUGUCAAUUAUUUGUAAGUAUUGGAUACCAACGGAUCAAACGAACAAUUAACCCUUGCCUAAAUCACAUACGACGUCUAGGACGAAGAGCCCUCAACUUACUAAAGAGAUUAUAAACUUAUCUUAACUUCGUGUCGUGAGCAAAGAUUACCAGUCCGUAAUCUUUCCAAAAGUGUUCUUUUUUAAUUUCAAAUAGCGUACAUAGUGUUAUCGUAUUAACUAUUAAUUCUGAUAACGUGACUUGCACGGCGAACAGGAUUUGCUAAACGGUAAUUAUCGGUGUAUUUCAAAAGCUAAUUAGCAACCCUACUACAAUAAUUAACUCCUAGAUCGUUCUGGUCUAACUUACGCACAAUGCCAGUGACGCUGGAAACAAAUUGAGCAAAAUAGAUAAAUAAUUCCUUCUUUCGGCGGAAGUACUAGUUUAUCGUUUUAUUUAAAACAAUGUUACAAAUUUGUGGCCGUUUAUAAAGUAGCAGGCCCUAAAAUUCAACAAAUAAGCUACUAUUCUAAUUAUGCUGCUCGAAAUUGCACGGACACUUUCAUGAAACUUUCAUUAUUUCGAACGACGUAAGAAUCCUCUUGUAAACAAAUUUGGCGAUUAAAGAGGAACGAAUGGCUUAAUUUGUAUCCACCCUAACAUUUUAACGAAGAUUACAAACACCUUGGAAGAUGCGUUGUUGUAUUUAGGUCGACAACUACCACAACCAUCAACAACAAAUUAAUUUCUUAAACCUUUGGCAGGAUAACCCUCCACUUCUGUAUAAAAAGCAUGUAUAAUAGAUCAAAACCCUACCUCUAAAAAAUAAUCAUAUACUGGUACGCAUAAAAUAAAUGUCCCCGAGGGUUAUAAAAUGACCAUCGAUAUUAGGAUGGGUAGACCACCCCAUUGAUAGCCGAGUAUACAUUUAUUUAGUAUGGAUUCCUCGAAUGCUAAAUAUUUCGAAGUUAAUAUACUUUCUCAUUCGGAUCUCCGGACGAGACAGUAUUCGGGGAACCCUACAAAGAGUGCAAAGAGCAGACUGAAAAUAGGGAUAUGGAACGAAAUAGAUUGGAUAUUUUUGGAGUAAGCCAAGUAAACUGGACUGAUACAAGAAGACGGAAUGAUGUUUUGCUACAGCGGAACUACUAAAGGCAAGAAUGGAGUGGGCAUUUUGGUCAAUGAAGGAGUGGCGUGGAGAGAGUAGUGGAGAAAGUUAUUUGUGAAGGAGAAGCAAGCACGAUUAAGUACUGUACCAAAAAGUCUUUUGUUGUACAAGUGUACAUGUCAACUAGUACUUAUGAAGCUAACAAAAUAGAAGAAAUGUACGAGAAAAUAGAAUGUUCUAAUGGAGAAAGAAGCGAGAGGUGGGUGCAAAAUAGUGAUGAGACACUGGAACGCUAGUAUUGGAGAAGGUAGAGUGGACAGAGCCGUUAGAGAUUGUGGAUUAAGAUCAAGGAAUGAUGCAAAGAAAAGAAGAUGGUCAUAGGCCACACUUGGUUCGAUCAUCAUAAAGGGAAACUUUACAGCCGGAAAUCCUCUGGAGACAGAUACCGAAAGCGGAUUGAUUUCAUUAUGAUUGAACAGAGAUAUCCAAAUGGGUGAAAAAUGUGUGUGGAUUGCCACGUUCUUUUGUUGGCAGAAUUAGAAAUAGAAUUUUUUUUUUUUUAAUUUAAUUUGUGUGCCUCGACUACUAGUGGCCAUUGGCACGUCUACAAGUACCUUUACUUACAAUGCACGUAUUCUAAUAAUAUUUCGCUUAUUAGACUAUUAUGAAAAGUAUUAAUGUCACAAAAAAGAGUAAAGGAAUGCGAUCUGGUAAAAUUAAGGGAGAUGGAUAACGAAUAUAUAGGAAUUCAAAUGAAAAGGGAGGUUGCAAUGAAGAAUCAUGAAACUACAGAAGACAAAAGGAAGAGUAUGAAGAAUGAGAUAAUCGCAGUGGCUGAGGAGGUGGGUGUAUAGGAAAGGAAAAAAAAGCAAAGAAGCCAUGGAUAACAUUUGAAAUGAUUAAUAAAUUUGAAGAAAGGAGGGAGUAUAAAUGGCAAAAUACGGCAGAAGGAAGAAAGAAAUACCGAAUAAUAAUAAAUGAAGGAGAUAAACCAAAGGGGCAAGGUAGCAAUGGCUGCUAAAUGAAUGCAGGGAGAUAAAAGAGCUCCAUCGAAUAGGAAGACAUCGUGUGAAAUGACUAUCAGUAUAUACCGGCAAUCUUUCCUGGCGAGAGGUUUAGUUUUUUGUUGUAUGCCAAUCAACCUGUCCAAUUAAAGAGAAUGGGUAAGGGUAUGUAAUAGAACCGUGGCGCUGAACGUUUCUGGACAACGCAAUAACAGUGACACCACAACUCAUAAGAAGAAGAAUACAAUGCUCUUAUACUUAUCUCUUUAGGAAGGUGGUAUACACUAUAUAUAGUGUUACGCGUACCAUUUGAAAUAAGAAUGACAGAUGUCAUUAGAAUGCACAAUCUUUCGCUAUAAUCUGUACGAUUAAAGUUAUGACUUAUCUAACCUCGGUUAAAAAGCGACUUAGUCAACUCAUUCAAACUUAUUAAAAUGUCAAUUUAACAUAUGUUAUAAAAUAAAUACAGGGCGGAAAUCCAAACGGAAAAGUCCGGGAAAAAGGAAGCAGCAAAAAAAACCUACCGUAACACUAAACCGGAAUGAUCCCUUCGCGGUUACUUUACGUAUGGGUCGCUGAGGUCUAGUGAUACAAACUCACCGGUCGUCGUCCGUCAUUUUUUAUUUUGUCGUAAUUCGAGAUAAGUCUUAAUUUGGGAGAUGUAGUCGUGAUCGAGAGAUUUAGUCGUAAUCGGGAUAUUCAAUUCUAAUUAAUAAAAAGGUCGAUUAGAAAUGGAGAACAACGCCACGCCAACAUGUGUGGCGUUAUCUAGGGCGUUAUCAAAUACACUAAAUCUAUUAUCAUUAAAUGAAAUGCAUAAUUUCAAAAGGAUACAGUAACAUACACUUACCUAAUCAAUUAAAAGGUCGAAUGCCUAAAGAUAUCAGUGCGCUUUACUGGAUAAUGUCGACUUAUACAUAGAAUUUUUAAAAUGCAAGGACACAGAUAGUGAGGAAUUUGUCCACAUGUUGUCACAGAUUUGAAUUUGACUAAUAUUACGCUAGCAGUGCAAUCUGUUGAGGAGACAAAAUGUAAAAAUCCCCCCGGAAUAAACGGGUAGGCGACACAUACAGGGCAACAGCCAGAUGUGAAUACAUAAAUAAUUACUUAUCAUCCCUGCACUUAGUGAUUAGUAUAAUUGUCCAAUGACGAGUUGCGUCAAUCAUCAUCUAGAAAAAUAAUGCGAAUAAAUUAGAAUAUAAUCACAAACUACUACUACUUUUUAAGUGUGACAUCUAUUGGCGAACAGAAAAAAAGGAGGCUGCUUUGAAAAAAAUAAAGUGAAGACCUGCUGAACCAAUUCUAACAUUUGCAAAUAGUUUCCAACCUAAAUGGAACGAGGAUGUCCUGUCUUAACACAUUUGCGGAUAGACGAA